AUGCGUUCAGAGCCAGUAAUUUGGUUCAUUGUACAAGCAACAACGUCUAUAACAAUUGUUGCCACAGCGCUUGGCUAUUUUGAUUUCAGUUCAUCUGGAAAGUACUGCUACAGUUGUAUGUCGGAAGCAUUUCAAAAGCACUGGUCAUUUCUUAGUCAAAUUUACUUUAUGCCGAUGAAUUUUACCGAUUACUGCUACGAUAUGCCACCCAAAGUACAUAUAGGUGUCACAACAUGCAGUCAUUCCCUAUGUGUUACUGUCAUCGAACCUCGUAUUUUGGCAGGGCAUCACAUUGGAAACAAUGUUAUCCGUGGAUGCUUUUCUUCUGUGUUUAAAUACGGCCCCACGCCAUCCAAUGAUGGCUUUUCUACUUCAGAUACCUCGUGUAGUAGGAUGCCUGCAUAUAAACUAUUGCCGCCACACUUAGCAAGACGCGCUUCAAAUCGCACUGUUGAAUUGUGCUGGUGUUUUGGGCAGUUGUGCAAUGACUAUCCGUCAGCUGAAUCUGCUGGAUUCAGGAAACAGCUACCGUUGUCUUCAUCCGUUUUUGUCUUAGCAUUUUUGGUACAGAUUUUUUACUGGAAAUUGUUGAUAUGA